AUGAAGGUGGAAGAUGCUAUUAAAAGUAAAGCAGAGAAAGAUGAACUUGACGCAACGAACAAAGUUUUGAAAUCUCAUAAACACAAUAUCUCCGAUAUAAAUGAACUUCAAGCUACAUUAAAUAGUAAAGCUGACAAGAACCAUACACAUGAAUCCUUCACUACUGUUAGAGCAGACGACAUAAUAUUGAACUAUACCCUUGGUUCAAGUGCACCUUUAGAGAAUCCAAGUACAAGCGUAAAAGAUACACUAAACUCCUUAAAUAACAAAUGUAUAAAUAUCGAAGGUCAUGCCAGAAACUUUGAAGCACAUGAACUACCAGCAAUGUUAGAUAAGCAAGCAGACAAAAACCAUACACACGAAUUCUUCACAACUGUUGGUAUAGAAAGUAUUGAAGGAACGGUUGAAGGAACUGGUGGGGAGGGCGGAGCCCCGCCGCACGCGGCUGCAUUAUAUUAUAAACCUCCUAACUUUCCACAAGGUUUAACAUCGAAUGAAAACAUAACAACGAAGAAAGAAAUUAGAUGUAAAAAUGUUUAUGUCAUGAAUGAUGAAAAUAACGUUAAAUUCACUGCUCAAGAUUUAUAUGAUAAGAAAGCAGACAAAACAGAGCUUCAAAGAUUAAAGACUGAAAUACUUCAAACAUUAUAUCCUGUUGGUUCUAUUUAUACGUCAAUGAAUUCAACAAAUCCAGCAACAGUUUUAGGUUUUGGUACGUGGAAGCAGAUUGUAGAUAAAUUCUUAUACUGUGCUAGAUAUUCAAAGCAAACAGGAGGUUCGAAGAAAAUUAAAGAAGCAAACCUUCCACCGCACACUCAUACAGGAACUACAAACUUUUCUGGCGACCAUAGCCACUCAUUAAGAGACCACCCAUUAUACAACUCAGAAUAUGAAGCCGGCAAUGACGUUUUAUCUCCAGAUUAUAACCAUUCAGCAAAAAAGACUUUUCGACCAACUGAACCAGGAGGAAAUCAUGUCCAUACUUUCACAACAAAUCCAACAGGCUCGGGUGAAGAUUAUAUGCCACCAUUUGUGACUAUAUUCGCAUGGUAUCGCGUUCAAUGA